CCUAAGAAGAGAAGAAACAGCAGAAGAAGAAGAGGGAGCCAGAUAGCAGCUGGCUAACGUGAAGCUAAGCUAACGUGAUGUCUACAGCCUCUAAAGUGGUCCUGGGGGUUUCUGUGGGUCUGACUCUGAGCACCGUGGCUGCUGUUCACCUCAAACAGACCUGGGACAGACAGCGCCUCCACGAGGGAGUCAUCCGGGAUCUGGAGCGCCAGGAGAGGAAGAAGGAGAACCUGAGGCUGCUGGAGGAGCAGAGGAUUCUGACUGUGCAGCUGCAGGAGGAGCAGCGCAGACAGGAGGAGCUGCAGGAGCACUGAGACAGCCCAACAUUAAUAGGUCCACCUCCUGUCUAACUGCUCAGCUCUGAUGGACAGCAGCAGCGAGCCGAUGGUCGGGGGGGAGGACGAGGCGGCU